AUAACCUGUGUGUUUCUUCGGCUCCCUGCUUGGAAAUCACUUACCAGAUGCGAUUAGUUUAGUUGUCAUCAAUAAUAAUUAUUUAGCGCAACUGUUUUUAUGACGAACGGUAGAAACUAGUAGACAGAAAGCAGUCCGGUAGAGUUUUGCGGAUAAGUAAAUUGCGACAAAUCUAGCGCAUGUUUUGUUAUUAUCGAAAAAUGUCUGUGGGGUUUUGUGUAUUGUGUUUAAUUCUGUGAUAAUAUAUCGUGAAGUAGAUAGUGAAAAUAUUUUGUAUUAAAUCGAAACGCCGUUCACGACGCUCACGAUAACGAUACAUAUACGACGACGAAGUUGCCACUCCCCAUACAUUUGGGGACUUCGAAGGCAUCGUGUUUUAGUGUGAAUCUUCAAGAUCGAGAUGAAUGCCUCAGCAACGGGGGCAACCCCAAGAACUAGGCCUUCAGCCUCAGCAAUGUCUGGCCUAAGAUUAAAUGUGAGAGAUGUUCACAAUAGAUUACAAGAGGAAAAUGAAUCCAGGGAUGCAGACCGUGGCCUUAACCUGGAUUUUUCUCGUCCGAAGGAAGGCCAACCGAGUCGGAGACCAAGACCAUUACCGAUCACGGCCGAGUUCGCGCCCGGGCGGUCGGACGAGCAGCGCCGACCGCCGCGCAACCUGCACUUCCCGUCGCACCAGCAGCCGUUCCGGCGCAUCAACAGCGCCGAGAUCCAGACCAAGAUGAACGAGAUCAUGCAGCUCACCGGCAUACUCACCAUUGACGGCGUGCGGUACCGAGCCUCGCCGGAGGACCUGCAGCACGUCGGUGAGCUGGGCACCGGCAGCUGCGGACACGUCGUCAAAAUGGUCCACAAACCCAGCGGAAAGGUGCUGGCCGUCAAACAAAUGCGCCGCAGCGGUAACCCGGAGGAGAACAAACGGAUUAUCAUGGACCUGGACGUGGUGCUCAAGUCGCACGACUGUCCGUACAUUGUCCAAUGCCUGGGCUGCUUCAUCACCGACGCCGACGUCUGGAUCUGUAUGGAGCUCAUGGCCACCUGCCUCGACAAACUGCUCAAAAAGCUGGGCAACAAGCCCAUUCCGGAGCCCAUCCUGGGCAAAAUCACCGUCUCCACGGUGAAGGCGCUACACUACCUGAAGGACCAGCACGGCGUCAUCCACCGCGACGUCAAGCCCUCCAACAUCCUGCUGGACGAGAUGGGACAGGUGAAGAUGUGCGACUUCGGCAUCUCGGGCCGGCUGGUCGACUCCAAGGCCAAGACGCGCACGGCCGGCUCGGCAGCAUACAUGGCCCCGGAGCGGAUCGAGCCGCCCAACCCGGACCGGCCCGACUACGACAUCCGCGCCGACGUCUGGUCACUGGGUAUCACCCUGGUGGAGCUGGCCACCGGCGUGCUGCCCUACGCCGACUGCACGUCAGAGUUCGAGGCGCUCACUAGGGUGCUCAAGUAUGACGCGCCGCUGCUGCCGGACGGCGGCGGCUUCAGCCCCGAGCUGCGCAGCUUCGUCAAAGACUGUCUCACCAAAGACUACAAACAGAGACCCAAGUACAAGCGGCUGCUGGACCACGAGUUCAUUAAGAAGUCGGAACGGAUGCGGGUCGACGUCAGCUCCUGGUUCAGAGAUGUGCAGGCACAGACCUCCGGUAUCAAGACGCCGACAACGAGGAGACGAACGCCGCCGCCCGCCUCUCCCCACCACCCCUUCCACAGCCGGAGACGCAACCCCGAGCCGGAGAGGUUCACGCCUGAGUCGUGGGCGCCGCGCGGACGCUUCUCAGAACGCUCGGGGCUUUACAACUUUUUGGGGCUGAAUCCGUGCGCGGAUGGCCAGCCGAGGUACAACUCGAUGGCGUCUCCGCUGAUGAUGCGACGCCAGGACGCGGGCCGCGGUGGCGGCUCUCAGUCUGUGCCAAAUGCCUCAACGUCACAGUCACACGGGUCUCCGUCUGGCCGUCCGCCGCUGGACCGGCGCGCCUUCUUCACCCCGGAGCCGCACCGGCGGCCGUUUCCACACCACUCACACCAGCCCAUGUUCAGCCAACCGUAGCCCCCGCGCCGCUGGACGGGCUACCUCAGCAAGUUCAAACGGCCGCCCGCCACCUCGGCCGCCGCCCGGCGUGUCUCCGUUCGGCCCCCUACUUAUCUAUUUAUUGACGCGCGCGCGCAGCGGUACGGCGACAGUGGCCGCGCUGUCACAGCGAGAUUUUGCCUGUUUGUAGCGUUUAGUGUCCAGUAUUUUGAGAGAAAGCUAGUCAAUGAUUCAAGCAUUCUGAUCAAAAUGUAUGCCUGCUGUACCAUCGGUCCGUCUUGGUUUGGUUGCGCGCCUGGCGCCGGUCUGGGGCCGGCGUCUGCGGCCCGCUGGAGGCGUCUGGCGCUCCGUCAGUCCCUGGCCCGCCGCUCGUCCGUCAGAAGGGCGCUGUUCGCCGCGCAGAGGCCGCUCACAACCGUCCCAUUUGCUCAUCAUCCCGGCCGGCAGACCGGCCGAGACGUCACUGCCGAGCGACCCGUGACGUCAUCGUCGAUCGGCUCGUGACGUCAUCGUCGCUGUCGACGUUGCGCCGCGGCAGCGGAUCGCGGGCCGAGGUGGCGAGGCCAGAGUCGCCACUCUGUGAUACGAUCUCCCCUUCCCUGACCUGCCCUGACCUGGCCUAAUCUGAGCGCCGCCCGUCCCGUCCUCUCUCCGGUUCUCCCAGGUCCGCUCCCCUCCUCUCCCUCUGCCUCUGUUUCGUCUCCUCUCUCCCCUGUCGGCGGCGGCGUACAUGUGCGUGUGAGUAAAUGUGUGUGACGAGAACCGGCGAACAGGAAAGUGAUCGUGCGCGCGAUUUUCUAACCGUGUAUUCUGAAUAAUAAAGUGCGACAAUCCGA